AUGGGUGAAACCACAGAGACCGCUGUGUCUGAUCACGACAUCGAGAAGCUGGGAAGGACUCGACCGCCAUCUUUUCCUGGGCGUUGGUCUGAAUUGGGAUUCUGUUUCUCUGUUAUGAUGUCACAAAUUUUAGCGGAAUUCUACAUCACAGGAUCCAAUGUCCUACUCCCAACACUUGUGAAAGAGCUAGAAAUUCCGACAUCUUCAACCAUCUGGCCUGCGACUGCUCUCUCAUUGGCCGUGACAUCUACACUAUUGAUAUUCGGUCGCCUAACAGACAUGUACGGUGGCUACGUGGUCUACAAUGGCGGAGCCAUAUGGCUCACCGUGUCUUCAAUUCUCUGCGGUGCAUCCCAGUCAUCACUCAUGUUGAUGAUUUGUCGAGCUCUUCAAGGCUUGGCGCUCGGCGCCCUCCUUCCCUCAGGAUUGAUGAUCCUGGGAAGCACAUAUCGACCCGGUCCACGAAAGAACCUCGUCUUCAGCAUCUACGGCGCCUGUGCCGUUCUUGGCUUUUUUGCGGGAUUUCUCGUCUCCGGAAUCUGUGGUCAGUUUCUCAGUUGGCGGUGGUACUUCUUCAUUGGUGCAAUACUUUCGGCGGUCAUGGUGGUUUUUUCGAUCCUCUGUCUUCGCAAUGAUUACUCGGAAAAGGUCAACGCGGGUAUCCGCAUGGACUGGAUUGGAUUUGUGCUAUCUAUCUCGGGGGCAACUCUAUUCGUGUUUGCUCUGGCGUAUGGAUCGUACGCCCCGCAGGGCUGGAAGACACCAUAUAUCCCGACUCUGUUUGCCCUGGGAGUCGUUAUCCUGGGCGUGAUGGCGUAUUUCGAGGGAUGGGUCGUGUCGAAUCCUCUGCUCCCCGGCGAUAUUUUCAAAGUGAAGUGCAUGACACCUUUGGUUCUUGCUCUACUCUGUCUCUAUGGAAGUUUUGGAAUACUUCUCUUGUUUGGUGUCCUCUACAUGUCGGACUUUAUGGGCGCAAGUCCUCUGCAAAUUGUGGCGUGGACGACGCCAAUGGCAGUCGGUGGGCUGAUUCUCUCAAUCACCGGAGGACUAGUCCUUCACAAGCUCUCUGGCACAGUGCUCAUGCUCAUCUCUUGCCUUGGGUACAUCGGUUCUGCCCUGCUUUUUGCACUCAUUCCCCUCGGUGGGAACUAUUGGGCGUACAUCUUCCCAGCCAUGAUCUGCGGCACGAUUGCUGUGGACAUUUGCUUUAAUCUUGUGAAUGUCUUUGUGACCACAAGUAUGCCGCAGGCCAGACAAGGGUUAGCGGGUGCUUUAGUCUAUUGCACUUUGCACAUGGGUAUUGCCUUGAUGCUGGGAUUUGCAGACAUAAUUGAGGCCCAAACCGAACAUCUAGGGAAGUGGAAGAGCUACAAGGCGGUUUUUUGGUUCCAGACCGGACUCUCCGCUCUGGGAAUGCUGAUUAUAAUCGUGUUUGUGCGGAUUCGAAAUGCUAAGAGUGAGCUUACUGUGGAGGAGAAGGCGGCACUCGACGCGGGUGACUCGGUCACUAUUCCACGGGAAGAUGUAUAG